UGCCCGCUCCCGCGGCAGGUGGGCAACUUCACCGGAACAAUCGCAUCUCCGCCGCGUCCUCCCCGUUUACCGACUCCCUAUCCGGCAUCCGCCCACGCCGGCAACGAGAAUGACAACGGCAGCCGGCAGGGAUGCCCACCGCUCGUCCCCUCUUCUCCCGCAGGCCGCAGCAACACCACAAGCGCCUCCACCUGCUGACGUCCCCGCUCCGCUCCCUCGUCGCCAUCGAGGACGUGACGAGGACCCGGAACGCCCGCCGACUGCCGCCUCGUGCUCCUACGGAUCCUGCUCGCCCUAGCCUUGGUCCCACUUGUGCCACAAGGAGGGGGAUCACGCUCCACUGCCCUGAAGUGAAGUUUGCUGCACUGCUGCAAGCCUUGUUUGGUUCCUUUUUUUUUUUUUUUGCAAAUUUUCGUUUGCAUGUAUUUGACAAAUAUUAUCCAAAUAUGGACUAAUUAUACUCAAAAGAUUUAUCUCGCAAA